UAACAUUCUGUCGUUUGAUUAAUUGAAUAACCGACUAAUUGAUGCAGCUCCACUUAUUGAAUUUUUAUCUACAGAUACCUGUUUGUUUCUGCUGGAGGAUGUGUCCUGGCGGUUGUCACGAUGGGCAUCUACAGCAUGCUUCUGUUCACCUCCACCUUUGUCUUUAUUCUGCUUGUGUGCACUGUGGGACCCAGCUGCAUCCACAAUUGGGCCUUUGGUAUCCAGAUGUUGUGGCAAACUUUCUGGCACCUGCUUAUACAGUACAAAGAACACUACGUACAUGAACCUGCCUGCACCAGAUUGUUCUUGGCAGUGUCCUCUUUGAUGCUGCUCACUCAGAGAAUCACCUCAGUGUCCAUGGACCUCCAGGAGAAACGAGUCACACAAACAUUUCAUGUUUCAUCCAGAAGGGAGGCUUGUGUGAUGCUUCUCCCUCUCGUCAGCUACAUGCUUAAUUUCACCACGCUGCUUGGUGGCCCUUUGUGCUCCUACAGUCGAUUUGUGUCCCGAAUGGCAGAAAUGAGGCCCAGCUUUCCACCUAAUCCUCUGGGUGUGGUCUUCCUAAAGUUGAUACAGGUGUUUCUGCUGGAGAGUUUAAGGUACUGUUUUAUCUAUUUUCUGAAAUGUAACACCUACGAUCCCUACAAAUCCAUCAUUCUCUAUGGCAUCCUAUGGGUUUGGAGUCUGGCAGCAGUUUUGAGGAUUCAAUAUUAUUCUCACUGGAAGAUCAGUGAAUGUCUCAAUAAUGCAGCUGGGUUUGGCUUUUGGGAAAAUUCUCCAGGAGAUGCCCCAGACUGGAGCAGGCUAUCAGAUGGAGAUUUCUGGACCAUUGAGGCGUCAAGCCGCAUGUCAGAGUUUGCCCGUCGAUGGAAUGCCACAACCGCUACCUGGCUGCGCAGACUGGUUUAUACGAGGUGCAAAUGCUUCCCAUUGUUCAUGACUUUCGGUUUUUCACUGUGGUGGCAUGGUUUUCAUUUAGGUCACUUUAUGGGAAUUUGGACCUGGGCAGCAAUGGUGAAAGCUGAUUAUCAUAUACACAGACACCUACAGCCCAAAGUUCCAUCAGGGUGGAGAAAAAUUUACACUUGUUUAAGCUGGAUAAACACUCAAAUGAGUGUUUCUUGUAUUGUUAUAGCAGUGGAAUUAAGAAAUAAGUCUAGUUUGAGACUUUUGUUGAGAACAUACAUUGGUCUGUUUCCACUUUUUAAUAUAGCACUGCUCCUUAUCCUCAGGUAAAGAUAUUCUAACUGUACCUUGAAUAAAUUCUGAAUAGCUUAUGGUGCUUUCAGUCAUUAUGGUCCUAUUCUCUAGCACAUGAACUAAGGAUGCUGCAGCAGUGUCUCUCUCUUUUCACCAGGUUUCAGUUAGGCUUAAAAGUUUGUGGUUAUGAUGUAAACUGUUUAUUUUAGAAUUGGUAUUAUUGUUAUUAUGCUGUUUUUUAAAUAACAAUAAUGAGGCUCAUAUAUUUUUAUAUAUGUACCACCUUUUACUUCAUAUGGUCCUAUGUUAAACGAUUUGACACGUGUGAUCUUUACCUAUUUUUUAUGCCUUCAUUUGAAAGCACACCGAAAUUACACCUAUUGUAUGAAAUGUGCUAUACAAAUAAACUUGACUGCAGAAAUGGAUCAUUUUGUUCAAGUGAUAUGAGAUGUCAGGGGUGAA